AUGGUGUGCAGUUUCGACCUCGCAUCGGUCUUAUCAACAUCCUCAACCGCGACAGCGCAGCGUUCACUAUUGCUAGCUGCCAUCCGCCAGCACAACGCUUAUACGCAGGAUGCCAUGGCAGGCCAGGCUAUUGACCGCCAUUUGAUGGGCCUCCGCCUAAUUUCUCGUGAAUACGGUAUAGAGUCUCCCUUUCUGGAUGACCCUUUCUUUUUCAACGACCAGACCUACGAUAAAGUCGUUCAUUGGACUCUAUCAACCAGUCAGGUAAGGAGAUGA